UGACAAGUAUUGAAGCAUGGCAAGUAGAGCACUUAAAUUCAGUAAUGGACCCUGAAAAGAUCUUGAUUAAAGCUUAUCUAUAAAUGGGGAAAGCCCGCCAAAAUCCGCAGCACAGUUGGCUACAUUUCCAGCCAUGAAGUACACAGUUUGCUUCUUUCUGGCCCUGACACUGGUCCUGCUUAUGGGCCAGGACUGCUGGGCUGCUCCCUCGGCCGAUGAUUUGGCCAAAUUCGGGGAAAUGGAGCGAACCAUCAAGGAGCUGACCAGUUCGAUUCUGGCCAUGAGUGGAGCUACGCCUGGUUUUACUCCUGGCGAUAGAAAGGUCAAUAAUGGCUGGCCUGAAGAUUUUCAAGCCUAGGUUUGGGUUAAAUCCAGUUGGCUCGGUCUACUAAAUCGCGUUUAGCAGCUCUGCAGUUUAUUUUUAUGUGAUUUCUUUUUUUUCUUUUGGUUAAAUAAAAGCCCAAUAUAAACGUA